AUGGGUAGUAAUAAGAAAGCAAGGCACGAAGAGCCAGGAAAGGAAGGACACCGGUUGAUGCUAGUAGUAGAAUCUCCUGCACCAGUAGUAGUAGAAGAAGAUCCCAUUGCCGUGUUUCCUCUGUGGCAUUUGGUUGUGGAUUUUCUAGAUUUGGUGGAUGUUCUGCAGGCCCGUCUCGUGUGUCGUCGUUGGAAUUCCGGCUUGUGCCAGAGUACAAGUGCUAACGGCAGCAGUAGUGGAGUGUCGGUCCAGCAAUGUGUCCGAUUUCUGGAUGCCAUUCUGCAGCGACAAAAUGUGGUCUUGGCGACAGGACACGUCCCUACUAUGGAUGCCCACUGGACGUUGGGGUUGCUUGCUUCUCAGCCCGAUUGGAAACGACGAGAGCGACUGGCUUCGUUUCUUCUGGAGAGUGACGGCAGCAGCAGGGGUCACUUUGACAAGAUGCUGUUGGUCCUGCGCGUGCUGCAACACUUACCAUCUCAAAUGGGCAUCUGCUACAAUUCCAAGUGGGGCCGUCAUGCCUGGGCCAUGCAGUGGAAUGCCAACACCCACACCAGCGAACCCCGGAUCUAUCAUCCGUCAUCCUUCCAAGUUUGUACUACUCAAGAAGAUGCCACUACAGCUACAUCUGGCGAUAUCCCCACGGUUGUUGCUUCGGGACAUGCCAAUCUCUUCCAAACUACCCCUGCACGGCAUGGACCCAACAACGACUACGAUAUCCAUAAUACCCUUCAAAUCGCGAAACAAAAGACAGAGAAUGGCAUACAUGUAGUAACCGAGGAAACAAUCCAAGAACGUUGGGACUUGAAUCGUUACCAUCAUGAUCCUUCCCUUCCCAACUUACCGUCUGAUCUACGCUGUCCCCUGUGCUGUUCCGACAGAAGAACACUACAGCUCUCGGAGUUCCCCUACCAAAGCCAGCCCACUAACGGCGACGAUUUCAUUACUCCACUGGGAUAUCGAACAGCCAAUGUACUCACAUUGACGCCUGCAGAGACCACGAAUGACCAUUCUAGUAGCAGCCCGUCGUACCAAGAAUUGGCCAUUCCAAUCAUUCGUUCGCAGGACAAUCUACAGUCCACAACCAUUCCACAACUUCACCCCAAACCACAUCUCAAGCAUGCCAUGACGUUGCAUUGUACGCACUGUCGACAAUUUGCACUCGUGGCUCCGGCGGGCAUGUGCUGGUCGUCCAAAUUCCCUUGCAAGAGUCGAUCCAAGACGUUUUCUAUACACGAAUCCACUACAUCAUCCACAAGCAAAACCGAUAUCAAAACGUGGAUGGGAGGCAUGUUGGUGCGCACCCGUUGCAGCGAACGAAACUGUCCCCGUCCCGUCUUUUGUCACGAAUGUUCCCAUGCGACCAGUCAUGCGCACUAUCCAACAACACAACAGCAACAACCACCACCUCCCCAACUACAACAUUCCUCACGCUGCGACCAUUGUCAUUUGGAUUAUUGUCCUGCACAUGCAUGGUUGUCCACUGUCUGUCAUCAUUGGUAA